AUUUAUAUAAGAUCAUUAUAUAAAGGGCUUUACAUAUAUAGCCAUUAGUACAAAUAUUAGUCUUACAGAUUAUUGACAGUCUAAAUCCACUCUAGAAGCUAUUAGAAUCAGUGCAGUGGAUUACACUUUACGAUAUGAAUGUGUCAAUUCAUUGAAAUGAAAUUUACUCAGUGACUUGAUCUUCUCUAACCUUGACCUCAUAGAAAGGUUCUUAGAAAGGUGCUGGUGAUCAAACCAGUUUUUCCUGUGUAAUGUUUGGUCCCUUCCAGUCUAUGCAGGCAUCAACUGUAUCAGUCUUACACCUUCCAUUAUCCAAAGAGUUCAUGGCCAAAUUUACCAAUGUCAAUGGCCUGUUUAAUUAGAGGCAAUAUUUGUAUCUGUCACUUCAAGAACUAGAACAAUAAAUCCCAUUUCUGUCAUGCUAUAUGUCAGCCUGCUGUUCUACAUAAUGUCUAAUAUCCAACCAUCCAUCUUCUACCACUUUAUCCUGCUGGUCCCAAUCCCAGCUGACAUAGGGCAAAAAGCGGGGUACACACUGGGCAGGUUACCAGUCCAUCACAGAGCACUGUAUUUUAUGAAUAUUACCAUGAAGUAUUAAAAUAAAGUGCAUUCAAUAUGCAAAAAGUACCAUUAGCUUGCACUGCACAUAAAAAAGUAAGUUAAUACAAAACUGAAAAACGACAAUUAAAAAUGUCAUCGUAAUCAUCUUGGACAAAGAGGUGCAACUGCCUCCAUAUGUGUGUAAAAUUCUAUGAUCCUGCAUGAGAAAGAAGAUUGUCUUACUCAUCAUGUUUGUAAAGACGGAUGUUAUUGGACAAAUGAAUCCACGCCUCUUGAACUUUAAAGACUUUGUAGACUUCAGUUCCUAACCCCAUGAUGAUCUGACUGACACAUUUCCAUUUAGUUUGUUUGUUUUACAUUUACAUAUGUUUUAUAUGUGUUGCAUAUAAAAGUGAUAGUUCAGGUUUUUGUGUGGUCGUUAAGAGGAGUUGCUAUAAUAACAACUAUGACUAUUUGUUGAACAGACACCCACUCUGACUGAUGCUGUCAACAGGGAAAGAAGAAAAACCUAAUUUACUUACUGAAAGCCUCGCCUAAUUAAAUCAGUGCUUGCUUAAGUCUACGCUUUCUUGGUAAUAUGUCUGCCACUUCCUAAACUGCUCACUGUCCCAAAAUCCAUAGAGAAACACCUGUGUUUUUAGUUCACAGAGACACAGAGCUACUGGUCCUCUGCUGGCAAGUUGUAAUACUUAGAUAAAUCCAAACACAUAUUCAUAGGGUAUCAUUGACUUAAGCAGGUGUAGGUUUUAUGAGGCGGGCCUUUUGUUUAGUGGUAAAUAUCUGUUUUUCCUUUUGUCCUUGACAACAGUUAUCUUAUCACUGGGAGUGAGUAUACAGCUAAUAGGCGGGUCCAUUGGAAUUUUAGUGUUGAUAUUAUGUUAAUACCUCAAACAACCAGACCAAAAAAAAACAAAAUUAUCCCUUUAAAAUCACUGGUUCACUUCACAGCAGAACAGACACUUUUAAGUUUUCUAUGCCCAGAGAUAUUGAGUCUGAAGUCAUUCAGGAAUCUUUUGGGAUAUAUCAUUUUCUCAAUUACAGUAUAUAAAUUCACCUUAUUGUUAAUGUGAAGCAGUGGGCCAGCAAAUAAGCCGCCAAAAAUACGUAUAUGAUUUGCCUAAUGCACACUGGUAAAACAAUGUUUUUAAUGUUUUUUAUGGAAAUCUAUAUAGUUUAACUAUAAUAUGCAAUUUUACUAUUGUCCUUCGUGGGAGUAGCUUUGUACUGUUGGCCCGCACUUUCCCAGCUUAGCAGCUUACUCAGUUUGGGCUACUGGCUACGUAAGAAUGCUAUAUACAGCAGGAGGCUAAUCCAGUGCCUUGGCCUUAAUGCCAAUUAUCAGAUCAUGGUGAUGGCAUUGAAAUUAAGGCAACAAAAUAAAUAAUUGAGAACCGUCACUUGGCCAAAAUCAUUAUGAUAUUAUGGAACAUUAAAGGAAAAAGCUGUCAAAAGUAAAAAAACAACAAAAAACAAUUGCUUUUUUACUGAUCCUCUGACACAAAACUGUCAAUUAUCAUUGUAACAGGUCAAUGUUCAUCUUUGUAAAGAGAUGUCUGUUUUGCACCUGAUUUGUUUUGGAUGAAUAAUGUUCGAGAGUCCAGUUGGUUUUUGGGUUGGUUACGGGCAGAUGUUUCAGAUGAACAUUUACUCUGCUGGAUUUCCAUUUGCUCAUACUUUAGCUUUUUUUGUCCUGGAUCCUUAAUGGCUUGAUAUGUUGAUUCCUCAGCUGGCAGCUUCAAUUCAUCCUCAAAGGACAGAGAGAGAGAGAGAGAGAGAGAGAGAGAGAGGGAGAGAGAGCCCUAUGUGUCUCUGAUGUUGAUCACAGGUUAUGCAAUCAGCCAUGCCACAUGAGCCAGCUGGUAGAGCGACUCAGAGAUGGAGAGGAUGUUUUUUAAUCCUUAAUGACACAGCAUACAUUCUCUGUAGAUUUUAUGACCUUUACUGUGAUGCAUUCAGACUUUGUGUCAUGUUAUAACAUGCUUUAUUCCGUAAUGUGUAGUGAGUAAUGCCAGUUCAUUUAUUAAUCGUUUGAUAAAAUCAGUCAGCAUGAGCCUUUCAUAGACAUUUUGGUAUGAAAUUUGUAUUAUUUAUUUUUUUUACAAUUUAUGUUUUAAAAAGUUUUGUGCAUUUUGGUACUAUUUGUUUUUUUUAUUUAUAGUUCUAAUUUUAGUUAUGUUCUAAUGGUGACCUUUAGAGGGUGAAAGACUGCUGUUGUGACUGAAAACACCGCAUGCAGUUCUACUGUUGUGGGAGACCAAGUCAAACCAGUUACUUGUCACGAGCAUCAGGUCACUUUUCUUUUGUUCCGUUAUGGGUCCUGUCCAACAGCCAAAGGUUCGUCGGUGGUGCCAUGAUGACGAACGUUUGGGAAGCUGUCGUGCUGUUGUUGCUGCCAUUCCUCGCGCCGAAUGCUGAAGGAACGCAAUACAGCCCUCCAGGGAAACCUGCGCUGACCAGAUGUAGAUCUCCUGAAAAAGAGACUUUCACCUGCUGGUGGGAGCCCGGUUCAGAUGGAGGACUGUCCACCACAUAUGCCCUGUACUAUCGCAAAGAAAACUCUGAGACAGUGUACGAGUGUCCUGACUAUCACACAGCCGGGGAGAAUUCCUGCUUCUUUAACAAGAAUGACACAUCCAUCUGGGUUAACUACAACAUCACAGUAGUGGCCACCAAUGCACUCGGCAGCUCCUUCUCUGACCCAGUGGAUAUCGAUGUGGUCUACAUUGUCAAGCCUAAUCCUCCUGAGGAGCUGAACGUGACCAUAAUGGAGGACAAGGGCUGGCCCUACCUCCGUGUGUCAUGGAAACCACCACAGAAGGCUGACACCCGCUCCGGUUGGAUCACACUAAUCUACGAGCUCCGUGUGAAAUUGGAGGGAGAAGAUGACUGGGAGAUGCACCUUGCAGGCCAGCAGAAGAUGUUUAACAUUUUCAGUCUGCGGUCAGGUGGUUCAUACCAUGUCCAGGUGCGCUGUAAGCCCGAUCAUGGCUUUUGGAGUGAAUGGAGUUCCGCGGACUACAUCAAAGUUCCGGACUAUUUCCACCGAGAGAAGUCAAUGUGGAUCCUUAUUACUGUCUUCUCCACUUUCAUCUUUCUCAUCUUCAUGUGCUUUUUACACAUGAACAGCAACAGUCUGAAGUAUUAUAUUCUGCCACCAAUCCCUGGUCCUAAAAUUAAGGGAUUUGAUAAGCAGCUUCUCAAGAAUGGCAAAUCCGAUGAAAUCUUCUGUGCUCUGGUGGUGCCUGAUUUCCCACCAACCACAUCAUCCAAGUGUGAGAACUUGAUGGUGGAGUACUUAGAGGUAUACGUCUCCGAGGAACAGGAGCUGAUACUGGAGGAAAGCAAGGAGCUGCAUAACAGUCUGAAAUGUGAGGGCUCCACAUCUGACAAUGACUCAGGCCGGGGCAGCUGCGACAGCCACACUCUCCUGAUGGAUAAGUGUGGAGAGGCAAAAGGAGACGAGAGGCAAACUGAUGGCGAAGGACAUCCAAUGGAGAUGGAGGCACAGAUGCACCAGAGAGACUGGAAAGAGGGCACAUUGUCCAGUGCUUAUCAAGACAUUGUGAGCCCCGACAUGUCCAGUGGUAGGGUAAAGACGUGGCCAUCUGUCUUUUCUCCGCUGCAUCAGUGCGGCUCCACAUCACUGAAUCAAAUGAAUUCACUUGCAAUGGCCAAACAGCACUGCCUCUCUGACAACCUGUCCCCCCCAGGCUCUGCUUCCUCCUUCCUCCCCCAGUCUGGCCGUAGCACCACAGAGACUCACAGACCAAAUUAUUGUGAGUUCUACUCGAGCGACAAGCAACUUUCUUCCCCCAAACCCCAAGCGCAGACUCACCGAAAACUACAGGCGCACAGUGACAUCAACAUCAGCCACAAACAAGCAGGUCUACAGUCGCCUGCUCUCCGGCCCACGGAGUAUGUUGAAGUCCAGAGGGUCAAUAAGGAGGAUAUGGUCCUUCUCCAACCUGUAGAGUCAGGCUGUGUCUGUGGUGAUGGCUGCCCGCAGGUGUGCCAGGACUACAGCAAAGUGAAGGGGCUGAACAGUGACAACAUGCUGCUCCUCCACAGAGAUGUAAUGGAAGGAGAGGAGGUGAGGUCUCACUGUGAGAAGCAGGAGACUAAUGGAUGCAUCACAUCACACAUCACUCCUGCUACACAGAAGCCUACUGAUUGUAUUCCUACAGUGACUCCUAUAGUCCAGAAGGAAAUGGGCCUGGCAGUGAGUGGUUAUGUUGAUACGGCCGCCAUGCUUACACUGCCCACUCACUAGCUGGACUAAAAGCCCACUAAAAGGCCGGUCUGGGAUAUCGCAAGAUCUGUUUUAAGAUGGGACAAAGACACUAACACUGGAUUACUCCUGUGAAAAAUGGUUGCGCAAAAUAGUAAUAAUUCAAUCAAAAAAUUCUACUUUCAUAACUAUACAAUUGAUUAUAUAAAUGAUGUGUUGUUCUCCAUGCUGUCAUUGUGGCUCAGUUCUUUUUGUAUUCUACAGUUCAUGUCUAGCACCUUUUUUUUGGUGUAAAAUCAGCUGGAAUCUUGAAGAUCAACUGUUUUAUUUUCUGUUUUUCUAUGUGCAACAUUUAAUCUGUCAAACACUGCAUCUGUAAAAAAAAAAAAGAAAAUUGACAGGAGGGAUUGUAUGGCUCUAUUUUUCAAUACUUGUGUAUAUUUUUUUUUUUGUUUUAGUUUUUUUGGGAAUGGGGAACUAGUGUGUGGCUUGGCAAGGUACAACAUUAACCAAAAGUGACAUCAUCUCUGUUGUUUAACAGGGAUAAAAUGCUUUUGCACGUGUAAGUACUGUAUGCAACUACUGUAUAUAAGCUGUUAGCCAACUAUACACAAAAUGCAACUUGAAAACAAUUUGUCAGAAAGAUGAAGAAAGGAUUCAGAAAAGGAAAGCAGAAAGCUCAGAACUGUGUAGUAAAGCUACUUGUUAGUGUUACCAUUUUGUAAUAAUCGCUCACUCAGGCACAGAUGUGAUUGAUCAAUGAUUGUAAACAGACAACUACAUGUGAAUGAAUUCAGGAUAAAGGGACUGUUACUGCAUAGCUUAAACGUUAUGACACCAGCUGUGUGUUAUUAUUUUAGUAAAUAAAGUACGAAAAUAUCAAUAUAAAAAA